GUUUGCGACCACAUCCGACCGUAGAAUUGUCCUCCAAGGUGUACCUCGGACGGGCUGGUGUGCAUGGCAGAGGCUAGAAAAUCUACAGCGCUGCCUCUUUGCCUUAGACGACAUCGAAGUCGUGGUAGCCUUUAACUGCCACAGUACAUUUCGGUACCUGGUCUGCCUGCGCUCGCGAGCUCCGAGAGAGCGCAGCGGCUUCUGCUUCUGUAUGCUUCCAGGGAACGUCACGUCACGCAUUUGAUGCUUCUUUUGUCCUUUUGAUUUUUGGCAACAAUAGGCUCGAGUGGAGGAGUGGAGUAGAGGAGUGAAAGAGUGAGGUAGCCGAAUGAGUCAUUGAGUGAGUCCUUCGGGUCACCGGACGGGAACACUUUGCGCUGGUCCCCUGCCCGUCCAUUCGGCAUGGGCAGCUGAACUCGUGGGGGCUGAGAUUUAGCUUGACCUUGGGUUGGGAUUGGGUUGGGAUUGGUUUUGGGCUCGAGUGGCCUCCGCCUCUUGCAUAUUUGCAACGGUACUGUCGAAACAGAGCGGCAUUUAGGGACCCCUAUGUGGCAGUUUUCCUGUUUAGAAGGGUGAGAGGGUUUCUAUGUUAGGCCAUAGAAUCUCAGGGAUUCCCUUCGGAUGCUCCCUCUGUGCAACGGCAACUCCCAUUUCAGUCAACUCACACUCCGUUCCGGCCAGCCCGCCAGCCGUGAAUGUCAUGAUCCGUUAUGUUCUUUGUCCAGCUCGGGGAGUUCGUAAUCAAUCAACGACCUGCCGUGUUUAGAAAUCGAAAGAUUCCCGUCGGACGAUGGGACAAACAACUGCAAUAUUAUAAGCGCAGCUCGGUGCCAGCUUCUCCCUGUCGUGCUAAACGCAUCGCUUUUCCCUGCGAGCAGAGCAGCCAUGUUAUCGAACAUCAGGCCUUGGGUCGCCACUCAGCCGUAAGCUGCAGUUGGGAGUCUAGUGCAGUCAGUAGCUGAUGCAAAACGUAGUAGGACUAGACUAGACUGGACUGGACUGGACUGGAUUGUUGGAUUUGCAUCCGCCGAAAGACGGGAUUGUAUUUUACUGAUCUGUUAACCGGCCUUGCCCUGCACUGAAUCUGUGGAGGGUGGACAGGCCCGAUCUGUACACUUGCGCGAUUAUCAGGUCCCAGGCAAGUUCGCAAUUGUUUACUGCUAGACCCCACCUUAUCUCUGUGCUAUAGAUGCUCUUGACUGAGCACGAGGCGAACCUUGCGAGGCCUGGACGAGGGGCAAGUAGGCGAGAGACGAAGGGAGGAUGAGGCGAGCAGCGGAACCGUGCCCGUGCCUCUGAACUGGGGGCCUGCUGUGUCCCACGGCUCGCAGGUGCUUGUGAUUGCGUUCCGCCUGUGCUCUCGUGUUUGCACUCGGUGUCGGUCAGGACGGACUCAGGGACGGGAGGAGGGAUAGAAGAGAGCAAGGAACCGUCGCACGCCUGUACCUCUGGCUCGAUCGCUCUCGCUGGCUGGCUGGCUGGGUGGUGGUGGCUGGGUCUGUGGUAGUCAGAGUCUCAGACACCGAGGUCGGUUGGUCGGUUUGUUGGUCGCAGCAGCGGUGCAUUUUGGCACCUGCGUUCCACCACAAUCAAUUCGCACAUCAAAUCCGUGUGGGGAGAAAAGUGUCCCGAUAAUUAGUCUAGAGCUGAAGCUUGGAACUUUGAAUCCCACCUCCCGAGUACGUAUGACUUGCUAGCCUGCGAAGAGAAUCAUGCACGGUACCAGCAGGUGAGAGCAGCUCGCGGCGUUCUCGUCGAGCAGUUCGAUCCAUUUUGAAGAAAUCAAAACAAUUGUGCGAGUUUGUCUUCCGGGCUUAAGCGCAGAUUAUUUACUGGAGAGUCCCGAUUCUGCUUAUUCUUCUAAGCUUUCACCCCUCUACUACAGCUUUGGUUUUACAGAUACAUUCAUUUUAUGUUCUUCGGAUUUUGGUGCCGUUUACCAACGGAUUAGGCUCCAGUAGCUCUGCGCACCUAUUCAAGCAAUCGAGACAUUCUCGAGUCCGAGUGGAACGGAAGCUUAGGUACCAAAGCGUUAAUUUGCACUGAGAGAGAGAGAGGAGUUGAGUUGGCAGGGAACGAAGGAAGAGACACGAGGUUUAUUUCGUUUGUUCGACGGCGAUAAGUUAUCCGUGAUACGGGCCAGCACGUGGAAGCUCAAUUGCAGCUUUGCCACCAUCAGAAGCAUUUUCCUUGUGUGCGGACGAGGUGGGGUCUCAGAGGACGGGCUAACAGUCAGCGGGCAGUAGCCACAUUCUCCGAGAGAGAAAAAGUGCGGGGGACGUUGCAAACAGUCUCCACGAAGCUCUUUGAGCUCGAACUAAAACCACCACCACCAGGGCGUUGCAAGUGUAACUCAGGGCUGAUCGGGCACGGUUUUCAGAUUUGGCAACCGUCUUCAUUCUCUGAAAUUGUAAUCGACCCGCAGAUUGUGUAGAACGCGUCGAUGAUGGAUUUUCGAUUAGUUAUCGCUGGCAGACAUCUACGACUUCAACAACUACAUCCUGCAGCAUCAGACUCAAAGUCUUCUAUGUUCCUCUGAAAGAAACGACGGGGACGAGGUCGAUUUCAGAUCGUGCUCUUGCGCAACAGGUUUGGCUGGCUGGCUGGCUGCCAACCGUAAUGCAACCGACGUCUGGAAUCAGGAACGGUGAAGGCAGAGCGGGAGUAUUCAGCAGGAAGUUUUAAGGUUUUCGAUCGAUUAGUUUUCAAUAUACUCCGCUGUGCUGCAAUGGGCAUCUGCUCGGCCGAUUCUUGCAUUUGUCACUCAUGUGUGGGACCGAAUCGUAUGGUUGCACGAUAUGUGUACGGGGUCAUAUUUCUUCUAACGAGCGUUGUAGCUUGGAUGGUCCGCGACUACAGUCACCGAGCCUUGGAUAGUCUUCAUUAUCUCAGUGGAUGUGAAGGGGAAUUCGAUUGCCUUGGGUCGGAGGGUGUAUUGCGAGUCAGUUUGGGAUGCUUCCUGUUUUUCUUCAUAAUGUACCUCACAACUGUGCGAACAUCAAGAACGGAUGAUCCUAGAGAUGCGUGGCAUUCCGGUUGGUGGCCAGUCAAAAGUCUUCUAUGGGUUUUUCUGAUGGUUAUACCAUUCUUCAUUCCAUCGUCCUUCAUACAGAUAUACGGUGAAAUAGCAAGGUUUGGUGCCGGGCUGUUUUUGAUCAUUCAGCUGAUCAGCAUACUGAAUUUCGUAUAUUGGUGGAACGAGAGCUGGCUUUCCGACAAGAACAUCCGCCGUUGUCGGGUGCCCAUCGUUUCGGUGUCUGCAUUUUCAAUUGUGACUUCUAUCGCGGUCAUGGUUUUGAUGUACAUAUGGUUCGCACCGAGACCUUCAUGUAGCCUGAACAUCUUCUUCAUAACGUGGACCCUCAUACUCAUUAUCAUCAUGACAAUUAUUUCUCUGAAACCCGAGGUCAAUGCGGGUCUCCUUACGUCAGGCCUGAUGGGUUUGUAUCUUGUGUUUCUCUGCUGGUCAGCCAUUAUGAGUGAACCUAUUUCCGAGACCUGCAAUACCAGGCAUAGGCAAACGGGAAAAGGAGAUUGGCUGACCAUCGUGAGUUUUCUCAUUGCGUUCGGUGCAAUUGUCAUGUCAACAUUCUCCACUGGAAUCGACUCGAAAGCAUUUUCUUUCAAGACUGUGGAGGAAGAAUCCGAGGACAAAGUACCGUAUGGAUAUGGUUUCUUUCACUUUGUCUUCGCGAUGGGUGCAAUGUACUUCGCCAUGCUAUUUGUUGGGUGGAAUUUGCAUCAAACAACACAAGAGUGGAGUAUUGACGUCGGUUGGGCGAGUACUUGGGUGAAGAUCGUGAACGAGUGGCUCGCAGCUGCUUUGUACAUUUGGACCAUGGUUGGCCCGUUCAUCCUCAAAGACAGAGACUUCUCCUCGCACUAACAAAAACUUCUCAACGUAAGAGUAAUGGGGUGGCGGUGUUAGAAGUCGCCCUGGAUGGUUAAUAUCAUCGCUCUAGUAAAGGUUACGCAAAUGUGAGGAGCUGGGCUAGCUUUGGUCUGAACAAUGAAUUCAGUUACUUUAAAGGUCCUAGUGCAGAAGGGGAAGCCCUCACGAUAUGAGUGCUACGAACGAGGCAGUAGUCCAUAGGAAUUGUACAUACAGAGAGAGGGCAUGCAGAGGCUUCCCUGUCAUUCUUUCAUAUUUUUGCCAGAGCUGAUGCAAACUAAGAUCCAGUGAACCACAUUAUCGUUCUUGAAGUGUGAUGCUGCAGCCACCAACUGACUGACACGUCGUCCUUGACUGGUCGGCCCUUCCAUGUAGACAAACUGCGUGCAUCUUCAAAAGUAUGUGUGUAUUAUCUUAUUUUGUUCCCUUAAAUACGAUGUUUCAGACUGUUGUUGUAUCAAAAUAAACGUG